AUGAGUAUGUUUCUUAAUAUACUUAUUUUUAUCGAUGCAGCAUGUGUUGCUUUUCUAUCAAUAUUAUUUCUUAUGAUCAAUUUAAAUGAAGAAAGUUUAUUAUUAAGUAAAAAGCACCGAGAAAAUGGGAAAAAAGCAUUGGUUGCAGCCAUAUUUUUGUAUGCAAUUUUCUUACUUUUAUUAUUUACGUACAAAUCCUAUAAAAAUAAACGUAAAUUAUAUAACAAUUUUUUUGUAAAAAAGAGAAAUACACCUAAAUACGUUCAACUAACAAGUACUUAUUUAUCAGGAAGUGAUGAAUAUGAGCAUUAUGAACUGAACAAAAUAUAA